AACAAUGUAUGCACAUAUGAAUAAACGAAUAAAAAAAGCCUAUGUAAUUUUUAUGUGAGGAAAAAAAAGCAUUUUUAAGUAUAAGAAGGUUAAAAGUAGUUGCUUCUGGCAAGCAGAGCUGGGCAGGAUAGAGAUGGGCCGGGGCUCUUGUUUCCAUUAGAAGGCUUUCUGUGGAAUUUUACUUAGCUAUGUUCAUGUGAAUUGCUUUGCUAAGAAAAACAAUGGAAAAGAAAUAAAAAAAAGAAAGAGCCCUCUGCUGCUAGAGCAAGUUGGGAACUCCUUUCUGUUGUGGAAAAUGCAGGAACAGGAGUUCCCUGGGCAAACUGCUCCAAUGUUGACCGCAUCUAUGAGAUGGGAGGGGAGAGGGUCCUUUCUCUCCUCUGGGGUUGGAUGCUGUGGGUCCAUGAGAAGUAGCUGUGGGGGCAGAACAGUCCUCCCAGUCCCUGCUCUGCCUGGAAAGGCUUGAGUUUGACAUCUAGUCUCUGGCUUGUCCUGACCUCUGGCCCCAUUUUGCUCAGGGAAUUCCUGGACUGCAGAAGAUGGGGAUUUUGACAAAAGUACUUUGCUCUUACUGGCCUUUGGAAUCCAUGGGAAAAUUCCUCUCAGAACAGAGUGACCUCAAGAAUGACUGUGGAGAGUGUACCAGCCAUGCUUCUAAGCUGAGCUUCAUGUGUGUCACAGUGCCUACUGUGUACCUGGUAUAUGGCUGGGUGCCCUGGGGUAUAAGAAGGCAUCUGUUGUUACUGUGGUUGUGGCAAUCUCUGCUGCUUCUGACUGGGUUUCCAGACAAUGCCCCUGGGUCCACUCUGGAGUGGGACCACAGCAGAGACCCAGGGGCCCAGGGGAGAGCCCUGUGUUACAGGUACUUUCCUGGCCAGGCCCAGCACAUGGCAAGAGAUCCUGCAGAAACCCUGACCUGGAGAAAACAAGGUAGUGGCAGGUGGCCCAAGAGAGACUGUCUGUCCUUUGGCUGUCCUGGGUCCUGACAUAUUGAGACACAACCUGGCUUCUCCCUCUGCUCCUGAGGGAAACCUGGACUUGCCAACAAUCAAGAUAAGGCAUGAAUGUACUUGUCUGCCCAGCCUGGGCCUGUGGGGGAGUCAGGGACUGCUCUCUGGGCCUGUUUCUCUGAAGGCAGAGGUGAUUUUUCUGGGAUUUUGAGGGCAGGAAAGGCCAGGCUGCAAUCAUGGUUGAAAAUGUCUGCUCUGAGCUAUGACAUUCAUUCCAGUCAAUCAGAAGCCAUUCACUGGGCACCAAGGGUCUGCCAGGCUCUGUGUGGCCAGUUUGCCAUUGUGAAGAAGUGCCGGGAGAAGAGCACAGGGCUGGAAUAUGCAGCCAAGUUCAUCAAGAAGCGACAGAGCCAAGCCAGCAGGCGGGGUGUGUGUCGGGAGGAGAUUGAACGGGAGGUGAGCAUCCUGCGGCAGGUGCUGCACCCCAACAUCAUCACGCUGCAUGACGUCUAUGAGAACCGCACCGAUGUGGUGCUCAUCCUGGAGCUAGUGUCUGGAGGAGAGCUGUUUGAUUUCCUGGCCCAGAAGGAGUCACUGAGUGAGGAAGAAGCCACCAGCUUCAUUAAACAGAUCCUGGACGGGGUGAACUACCUUCACACAAAGAAAAUUGCUCACUUUGAUCUCAAGCCAGAAAAUAUUAUGUUGUUAGACAAGAAUAUUCCCAUUCCACACAUCAAGCUGAUUGACUUUGGCCUGGCUCAUGAAAUACAAGAUGGAGUUGAAUUUAAGAACAUUUUUGGGACACCAGAAUUUGUUGCUCCAGAAAUCGUGAACUAUGAGCCUUUAGGACUGGAGGCUGACAUGUGGAGUAUAGGCGUCAUCACCUACAUUCUCCUAAGUGGAGCAUCCCCUUUCCUGGGAGACACGAAGCAGGAAACACUGGCAAAUAUCACAGCAGUGAGUUACGACUUUGACGAGGAAUUCUUCAGCCAGACUAGCGAGCUGGCCAAGGACUUCAUUCGGAAGCUUCUGGUAAAAGAGACCCGGAAACGGCUCACCAUCCAAGAGGCUCUCAGACACCCCUGGAUCAUGCUUGGACUGCCUUUUGGAGCACACAUCCUAUUAAUAUUCUGGUUCUUCUGUCUGAACACCUGUCAGUCCAAAGGAGAUGUUAGAGCCCCUGAACAGCAGAAGACACAGCCUGCUCAGCUGAAGACCAAACGCCUGAGAGAGUACACCCUCAAGUGCCACUCCAGCAUGCCCCCGAACAACACCUAUGUCAACUUUGAGCGUUUUGCCCAUGUGGUAGAAGACAUGGCUCAGGUAGACCAGGGAUGCCGUGCUCUAGCAGAGGCCCAUGACACUCUCCAGGAUGAUGUGGAGGCCCUGGUCUCCAUCUACAAUGAGAAGGCGGCUUGGUACCGAGAGGAGAACGAGAGUGCCCGCCACGACUUGUCCCAGCUCAGGUACGAAUUCCGCAAGGUGGAGUCCUUGAAGAAACUCGUGCGAGAAGACAUCCAGGCCACAGGGUCCAGCCUUGGAAGCGUGGCCAGGAAAUUGGACCAUCUGCAGGCACAGUUUGAGGCUCUGAGGCAGGCGCUCUCAGCAGACCUUCAGUGGAUGCAGGAACUGGUGGGCAGCUUCCAGCUGGAAAGAAGGGAUACAGAUGACCAAGGCUCCAUGUUCCACCGGGAUGCCAUUGACUCCCUAUCGGAGCUGCUCAACAGGUCACGCACUGAGGAUGUCCUGGCCAGUUUGAAGUUCUGAGCACCAGAAUCCAGCCAUAGUGCAUCCUGGAUGGUUUGCAGAAGUGUGAUAUAGCUAGAAUUACACUGCAGGGUGGGUGUCUGCAGCACAGCCUCCACUUGCUUCUGAGAAUCUACAGUUGCUGAGGUGCUAGUUAAUUAUUCCUUCUGUGCAUCCCUCACCAGCCUGGUGUUCUGAGGGGGCCCUGGCAGGGCACUCGAGUUGUUGGAACAGUUAGAGAAUAAAUGCCCCUUGGUGUGCCCCUCUUCAGGGGGAGGCUGGCUGGCACUGGGUGCUGCUUGAUAAUUGAUUAGUGAUGAUGGAUUGGUUCACUUCUCAUGUUCCUCCUACAUACCUUAUGAUUGCAGAUCUUGGGCAAUAAUUGAGUUAACUAAGGGUACCUAAGUCAGCAGGGUACUUCCCUGCCACAGAAGCAGGGAUUUAAAAUGCACAGAGAAAAUACUGCCUUUCGUUUGAAUUGACUUUUCAUUUAGCAUGCCUUUAUGUCUGUGACCUUACUUGAUCCUUUUAGAACUCUGCAAGAUAGGAAGGUGAGUGAUGAUCUUAUUCUUAAUUUCUCCAUAACUGAUGAGGAAAUUGAUUCAGAGGAGGAGAAGGACUUAAAGUCCUUCACAGCUAGCUGAUACAGAUAAAAUGGAAACUCAGGGUGUCCAUCUCUGAGGUGAGCCAGAGACAAGAAAGUAGUGAGGCUUAGCUGUAAGGAAUUCGUGUUAAUAUUAAAGUUCAGAUCCUAGAUGUCAAGUUUAACUUCAUGUAUUUUGCCAGGUGUGGGUGGAAUGUGUACACCUGCAGAUGAUUGUUUCAGGAGCUGUGUUUCAGAAGGUGUUCCUACCUGGGCCUGUCCCUGUCUAAAGAUCAGCCUGCAGAGCGGGAAGGAAGGAGCAGCACCUAUCCUCUCCCCACACUCCCCCGGCUUCUAACUCAGGAAUCCAACUUUGUUUUGAGAAUGAAGACCAAAGGAUACUCAUCACAGAGGUUCCUUUUAUGUACUAGACCAUUUGGCCCCAAAGGUAUAGAAAUUUCAUGAGUCUGAAGAAGGUAGACAUAAAGAUUGAGAAGCACAGAGCUCAGUGGUCCCUUCUUGAUCCAAAUCUUUGAGCAUCCUUCAUCAAGGGUUAUGUGAUCUCAUCUCCCUUUCCCCAGAGGACAGGACAGUCCGCCAAAUCAUACAGACAGUACACAGAAUAUGGACCUAGCAUUAUACUUAAGCUUGAGGCUGGAGGGGACAGAUUAUAUAGUUUCAAAGUGUCUUCAUGGCCUCACAAAACACCCCUGUCAGAUACUUGGAUUAAAUGUUAUUCCCAGUUUAGGGAUGAGAAAGCAGAGAGGAGAUGCCCCACAUCAUUAAUGGCAAAUUGGAGGCCUUUGGAUGACAGGUCUGUGACUUUUUCUGCUUCCCCUUAUGGCCCCGUCUCUAGAUGUUUAUUCUGUACUUGUGGAGACAAAUGAUACCCAGGCACCUGCCAACUUCCAGUCACUUGUCUUGAGUCUGGGAAUAACUGCAUUCCCAGUAAAAAUAGGCCUGUUUCCUGCCUUUAUGGAGUUCUCAGUGCAGUGAAAGAUUCCAGCUUAAGUCACACACAUGCAGAAUUGCAGAUGGGGCCUAUGCUGUGAAAGAGAAGCAGGCAGCACUGCAAGGCCUGCAGUAGGGGUUUGAUCUGCUCAGGGGAGGUGUCCUUAAAGUACGGACCCUUGAGCUGAGAUCAGCUACCAAAGCAGGGAAAGAUGCUCCCAACAGGGCAUUCAUGCCAGGGCCCGGUGAUGAGAGGGGCAUGGAAGGCUGGCAAAGAGAGGACAAAAGGAAAGCUGGAGGGGAGAGAACAGGAGUAUGGCACAGACAAGACUAGGGAAGAGCAAGACCUUCAGGGCUUUGUCCCCAGAGUCAGGGGAAGCCAUCAAUGGGUCCAAGUGCUACCCAGUGAGCAGCACAGACAAGAAGUGGUUUAGGACAACACAUAGACUUUGAUCUCCUGAAACCAUUUCUUCAAAAUCCUAUCUCGUCUUCCGUUAGCAAGCGAAUCACUUCAAAUAUUGUAAUACUUGCAAUGGGAACUUUUUCCAUCAAACAUGAUGAGUCAUGAUUUUAAGAUGCAUUAUUAUUUUAUGUACCAGUAGGAAGGAAAACAAACCCAGCAUGAGCAACUAAUAGGAGACACCCCUCCCAACACACACACACACACACACACACUCACAAAGCUGUGACCCUCUCGCUGAGAGGGUAAAUGAGAAAUAGAGCCACCAUGCAGUAGGAGAAAGGAAAUACAUGUCUCAACUUUUACACCAGCAGGGAAGAAUCUUCCUAAGAAUAGGAGGUGGGAGCUACUUGUGCAGCUUUACUCUGGAUUUGCACAAUCAGCGCGUUACUGAAGAACUUCAAGUAGGGACCGCCGUGCCACACAGUCACAGGCUGGGUGGCCCCGAGUGGCUGGUUGAAGCAGUGCAGUCCUCUCCCAGAGCACUUGCCUUUACUCCCCACCCACAGUAUUGACACAAUACCAUUGAUCAGAGAAGUUACCUGACCUCUGAGAUCUGAAAAUGUGCAUCUUGAAAUCAAGGAGAGAUGGCAAGACUCUGUUUCCUAUGCCUUACCUGAGAGAAUUGGUGAGGACGACCUCUACAAUCUCUCUCAAGUCUUAUCUGCUCUGUCACAGGACAUUGUAUACUUGCUUGAUAUAAGACACUGCAAACAUUAAAGGUCAUUUUGGCCAUGUCAAGAGACCUUGGCCUUCACAGCCAGGUUUCCUAAAGAGAGAAAGCCAUAACUGGAGCAAACCUGGGCAAACUUCCUUGUGAAGGUCAAAAUAAAUGUAAUGAAAGUGUAAAUGGUGGCGAUGAUUUGAGUUAGGGAGACUGGGAAAAGGGAGGGAGCUGCAGUUAUCUUGGAUUUGUGGAAUCAUAUAGGAGGGUCCUCAAAGGUGAACCACCAGCUACCCUUGUUUUAUAUCCAAUUACAAGGCAGGACUUAUCCAAAGUCACCCAGCUGGUCAGCCCACAAGCCGGGCUCAGAGCCGUAAGUAAUUUUCCUCACAGCAAUGAAAUUGUCCUUGUCUCCUUUAGAUGCUUCAUUAACACACCAUUUUCUGUAUAAAGAGCAUCCAAAGACAAAGUGAAUUGAGAAAUGCCCACAAGUUUUUCAGGGAACUCAGAGAAGACUUCGACCUUCUGUUACCUGCCAGUCAAACUCCAUUUUCCUUUGGCAUCACAACCUGAUGUUCAGGGGGGCCCAGGAGGCCUGUGGGAUGCAGCCAGUGGACCUGCAUACUCUGUCCCCAUGUGGUCAUGGCUGGCAUUUUAAUAGCAUGGAGAGAGCAGGGCUGAUAUGGUGGGGUGUGAGAGUGGAGUGUUUCAUUGGGCUGUAGGAGGAGGAAUCCUUGGUGAGGACUCUGCUCUGUGGACAGGCCCCUCUGCCAUCAUGGAGGAUUUUUAAUUUGUCAGAUUGUGAAUUAAAGGUCAGCUUCUAUGCUGAGUUCAGAUGUCAUCCUGGGCCAUUGGGAAGGGCAGGGGAGUAUGUGACAUCUCCCUGAAUUCCCAGGGAAGUUGGAAGUGGGCCCUUGGGAAGCAGACAGCCAAGCUAUGAUUGCAAAGUUUGUCAGAAAGGGUGGUGAUAGUUUGCAGUUGCUAGAGGCUAGCAAUGAAGGAAUAGAGUGGAAUAAUGAAAUCAUGGCAGUAGAAGCCACAGUCUCCAACAUGAGCCCCUUCCCAUACAGGUGACAGUGACAAUGAUGGUUUCCCUCCUCACUGAUCACACGCACAGUUAGCCCAUGUUGGCCUGUCAGCUUUCUCUGUAAACGUCUGUGGAACUGAAUACGUUUUCUCCUCUGUGAAAUUCUCCGCCUGUGGAGAAGACUCAUGGUCCUGGAGAGGAGACCCAGCAGUGGGCAUGUUUGAGUUGCAGAGGGAGCCAGUUGAACAAAUAGUGAUUGUGCUCUGGCUCUGGGAGGAGGUGACAGAUAAGGACAAGACAACCCCUGGGAGGAGGGAAAGGCUGUGGUGAGUGAUAACAGAAGUAUCUAAGAUUCCACAAGGUGGGAGAGAUGAAUUCCAAUUGAGACCAGGCAGGAGGGACAGAGAAAGCAGAGGCAAUCUGGGGCGGACACCAUAUCACCAACACUCCCCACACGUGUAUCCUUGCACAUAAAGUGUUGAGCAGAAUUGGAGGGGUAGCAGCCCAGAUUGGGUCAGGAACUCAGAACUGUUGAGAGAGAAAGAUUACAGAGGUUUUAAUCUGAUGUAAUUUUAACAUUUUAAAGACCUUUUUGUCAUGGAAAAUGCUCAGAACUUUCACAAAAGCAGAGGAUGGUAUAGUGAAUUCUAUUACCCUACUCCAGCAGGAGUCAUGGCAUGACCAGUUAUCUUUCAUGCAUCUCCCCCACUACUUUCUUCUGGCAUACUUGGAAUACUUUAAAGCAAACUUUAGACUUACUCAACUCAUAAAUUCUUCAGUAUGAUCUCUGAUAAGAACUCUUUUUUUGAGACAGGUCUCACUGUGUAGCCUAUGCUAUCCUCAAAUUCACAAUUCUCCCGCCUCAGCUUCCCAAGUGCUGGGAUUACAGGAGUGGCUACCACAAUGCCCGGCUAGGGUUUUCUCUUUAAUAUAAACACCACGCCAUGGUCAUACCUGAUAAAAUCAGCAAUGAUUCCUCCAUCUCAUCUGAACACAUAUUCCAAACACCUGUCCCCACAUUUCUCAAGAGUGUCCUGUUAUAUGCAGUUCGUCUGUUCACAUCAGGAUCCAAGCACAGUUCACACUUGGCAUUUAGUUGACAUCUUUCAAGUCUCUUGAGAUAGCACAGGAGGAGAGCUUUGGAAGCUUUUCUUAGGUAGAAAAAUUGCUCAGAAAACUGAAGGUCUGGAGAGAGGAUUAAAAGCAUAUCCCUGUGCCAUGCUGAAAUGUAACAGAGAGUGAACCAGGGCACGGACAGGGGUAUUUCCUCUUCCUGCUGUUGACUUCUUUGCUGCAGGAGACAGUCCACAGGCCCUCAGCCUUUCUGCAGCUCUCCCCACACAGGGGAGAGGCAGAGGCUCAGGUGCUCACAAGCCUCACCUGUACCUUUCUGGGAAAAUAGGUGGUAGGCCAGCAGGACUCAGGCCCCAGGCAGCAAAGGGCAUGGUACCACCUGGAGAGAAACUCAGCAGAUGGAGGGGAAGGGGACGACACUCAGAGUGACAGCCCUGGGCAGAAAGAGAGUGGGUGCUCCUGGCUCUCCGUGGAGUAUGAGGCUGGAGGGAUGGCACAGAUGGAGGUUUAAAAAGCUGCAGUCUGUCUGCAAUCUCUACAGGAAGCCUGGUAUUUAGAGAAAAUCUUCCGGGGGUGCCUCUUCUGGAAAGCUGGGGUUCCUUUCUCAUGCCUUGAGGGUAGCUGUUACUUCCUCUCCAUGCUUUGUGGAUGUCGGAGCUGACCUAGCACACUGGAUUGUUUCAAAAGCGUUUACAUCUGCAUAAACAAAACCUGACUCCAGCCCCUGCUUUCUGUCUUCUUGUCUCCCUUUCCAACAUUUUUCCAAGAAUUGUCCAGGCUCCCUAGUAUCACUUAUGGACCACAAGUCUGGAAGACAGGCACUCACUGUCUGUUUACCAGGGGAGGGGAGUGUUUAGAAACAGCUCCUCCCCCCGCUCCUCCCCACCCCCAGCACGUUUGAUAAAAAGUGUUUGUGCCACAUUCCUUCUGGGAACAGAUUUCACUGCAAAAUUUAUGUCUGUCUUUCCAGUGUGGGCCUUGGGUGAGCCUCUUAGCAACCAGGGAAGUCCAUUGAUCAGGAAAGGCCAGCCUGACAGAUUCAUAUCUGCCAUGGGCUCCUCUGGGCCCCUGCUAUUGUGUGCAGCAGGGCCCAAGAAGUAAUUGUGUCACUUCCCAUUAAUGGCCCUGGAAAUGGUCCCACGUGACGUUUCAGCUGGGCCCCCCUCUGCUCAGUGGCUGACCCUUCUGGGUUAGAAGGAAGGUAGGGUUCUUCACAAGGUUCCCCUUGCCUGCACAUUGACCUUCCUGCUGUGGGAGUCAGCCAGUUCUCUGCUAGUUGAGGAUGCCCAUCUGUAAGUGGACAGAAAAAUGUCCUUCCCUCCCUAAGUCUACUAAUCCUAUUUGUUAGGCUCUCCUUGUAAGGAGUUGAGACAGGACCAGCAAGGGGCGGAGGGUGGGGGGCGGACCACUGAGCUGCCUCUUUCAGCUCUCACUUGGUCAAAUGCAAUCCUGCAGUGACAAGACUGUUGGAGGAGAGGAUUCAAGGGACCCUACUGGGAAGUUCAUUUUCUUGAGCUCAUGGGGUCCUUUGAGAAUCAAUGAAAACUAUGGACUGUCUUCCAAAGAAAUGUAUUUCUGUACGCACACACAAAGCUUUUAAAAUUGAGAUAUAAUUCAUAUGUCAUAAAAUUUCCCCAUUUUAAAAUGUACAAUUCCAUGGUUUUCACUAUAUAAGCUUGUACCAACCACCAUUAUAUUACUUUCUGAUCUCAGAACAUUUUCAUUAGCCCAGAAAGAAACCUUCUCCACAUUCUUUCCUAUCCCCAGCCCCUAGCAACUUAGUCUACUUCCUGUCUCAAUGGGUUUGCCUAUUCUGGACAUUUUAUAUAAAUGUAAUCAUGCAAUAUGUGGCCUUUUGUGUCUGGC